AUGGCUAAUCAAGUAGCUCACCUUAAAAAUGUGAAUAUCCAGACUACAACUGAGAUCGAGACCUGUGUAAGCGAGCUGGCGAAUGCAUUAGACAAAGCUAUCCGAACGAUCGGCAAGAUUGAUCGGAAAGCAGGGAAAGCUUCGCCAUGGUGGACAGAUGAGUGCAGAGAGGCCCAUCGAGCACACAUAGAAGCACAGAGAGGAUCAGACCCCGAAAGGAAGACCAAUGCUACUCACCUCCUACAAAAGGUAGUGCGUACUGUGAAAUCCCUUCCUUUAAAGAUCAACGAGCAGGAGAUCAUUGAUACAAAGGAGAAGGCAGAUGCCUUGUUCAUAGCAAUCCUGGAUCGGUUUACCCUGAUCUCCUGCAUUGGAAAGGGAUUCGAACGAUACAUAGCCAGUCAAAUAUCCUGGACAACUCUAAGACACAACGUGAUCAGCCCACAGCACUACAGGGCACUUCCAAGGAGAUCAGGAACAGAUUUGACUGCUGCUUUCACUCACGAUGCAGAGCUUGCAUUAGCAACUGACCGAAUGAUCAAGCAAGGAUGGCCAAUCUCGCUGCUCAGGCUUAUAGACUCGUUCCUUACAAACAGAAAAGUCAGGGUGAGACUCGAAGGCACUACAACAAAGGAAUAUCCAGUAGCAUGCGGCACUCCCCAAGGGUCCCCAUUAUCACCUAUACUUUAUAUGCUAUAUCUUGCCGAGCUCCUCAACCGAGAUACAAAAUACCGCUUCGGCUAUGCGGACGACAUCGCGAUCUAUCAUUCCUCCAAACAUCUAUCUACGAAUGCCAGGAUCCUCCAACGACGUGUUCGGCAGAUCAUUCGAUGGGGCAAGGACAAUAAAAUCCUAUUCGCCCCAGAGAAAUUCGAGCUACUCCAUAUAACCAGGCGGCACGACACAACCAAUCCACCAUUAGUCCGGCUCGGCCUGAUCAUCCCAGAAACCCAACGGCCGAAACUACUCCGCCCACACGUCUCGCCAGGAUGCAGAACCGAUCCUACAGAAGGGCGAACCAAGGAAGAGGCAGCACAGGCCUUUAAGGAGUGGUGGCCAAAGCUCCCGCCCGAGGACUACUCGAUCUUCUCAGACGGAUCCGAGCAGACUAUAGAUCGCAAGCACCACGUUGGCUAUGGUUACGCGAUCUAUCGCAACGGCACUCAAAUAGCAACCGGAUACAAACAGAUCCACAGCGACUCACACGUGUUCGAUGCAGAAGCGAUAGGAGCAUGGCGCGGACUGGAGCACCUGAUCAGCACACUCGCAGGUCCCCCAAACGGUAGGAUCUGGAUGUGUAUCGACAGCACAUCAGUCAUCUGGGGUAUGCGAGGAGAUGCGCCGCCUACAUCGCAAUGGGCUUUCCACAAGUGCCACAAGGCAAUCAGACAACUCAAUAUCAGAGUAAAGUGGUCCCCUGGACAUAUGGAGAUCGAAGGCAAUGAGGAGGCGGAUCGCCUAGCGAAUGCAGGAGCAGUUGGACCCAUGGAUCAAGCGGCCGACAAGUUACCCACGAUCAGUGGUGUGCGAACGAUCUUUCGUAAAAAGUGCCUGCGCGCAGAGACUGACUGGUGGAAAGAGGUAAUUGCCUCCCUCUCGUCUAGCUAUAAAAAGUGGUCUCCCAACUACAAUACAAAGGAGCCGAAAGAACUAGCUCUACCCAGAGGAGUUCUUCAUCGACUACUAGCUAUGAAAACAGGUCAUGGCGAUUACGCUGCAUAUCACCAACGCUUCAAGCAUCAAAACAGCAAACAAGACUGCUCAUGCGGUAUGGAAAAAGAACCAUAUCACUUCUUCAGAUGCGCAAUAAACAAUCUAAAGCGCUCAAACUGGCCCCUCUCUCCAACAGAGAUACGCUCCGACAAACAGGCGAUCACAUAUAUUAAAAAACUCUUACAUACACCCAACAUGCCCUUUUAUUAUAAGAGGAUCAUACACGCAAAGGAGCGAACAGCCCCUGGCACUGAAGAAAUGUCCAAAAUAGCAUAUUCCCCAACACUUAGACCAUUGUUAAAGCAAAACAUUGAUGAGCAUCCGAAGUGGCAAGAGGUUCACAUGGAGGUGGAAGAGAUAUGGUUUCGAUUGGGCGAUACUGUUAAGAAAUGGAAUGAACGGGUUGAAGUUGAGUUGGGUGUAGGUAGAUGGGUUGAAUAA